UACUUCACCUUAUUACAGGUGUGGGCAUUGCCAACGUCUGCAGCCUACUUGGAAUGACCUGGGAGACAAGUACAACAGCAUGGAAGAUGCCAAAGUCUACGUGGCUAAAGUGGAUUGCACGGCCAACUCAGAUGUGUGUUCUGCACAGGGAGUGCGAGGAUACCCCACCUUGAAGUUUUUCAAGCCUGGCCAAGAAGCUGUGAAGUACCAAGGUCCUCGGGACUUCCAGUCACUGGAAAACUGGAUGUUGCAGAUGCUGAAUGAGGAGCCUGCCACACCAGAGCCAGAAGUAGAACCGCCCAGAGCCCCUGAGCUCAAGCAGGGGCUGUAUGAGCUCUCAGCAAGCAACUUCGAGCUGCACGUUGCACAAGGCGACCACUUUAUCAAGUUCUUCGCUCCAUGGUGUGGUCACUGCAAAGCUCUGGCUCCGACCUGGGAGCAGCUGGCUCUGGGCCUUGAACAUUCCGAAACUGUCAAGAUUGGCAAGGUUGACUGUACGCAGCACUAUGAACUCUGUUCAGGAAAUCAGGUCCGUGGCUAUCCCACUCUUCUCUGGUUCCGAGAUGGUAAAAAGAUUGACCAGUACAAGGGAAAGCGAGAUCUGGACUCGCUGAGAGAGUAUGUGGAAUCACAGCUCCAGAGUGACGCAGAGGGCACUCCCGAGACCACCCAGCCCUCAGAGGCCCCGGUGCUGGCUGCUGAGCCAGAGGCUGACAAGAAGGGCACCGUGUUGGCACUUACGGAAAAUAACUUUGAGGACACCAUUGCAGGAGGAAUAACCUUCAUCAAAUUUUAUGCCCCAUGGUGUGGUCACUGUAAGAAUCUGGCUCCUGCUUGGGAAGAACUCUCUAAAAAGGAAUUCCCUGGUUUGGCAGAGGUCAAGAUCGCUGAAGUGGACUGUACUGCUGAACGGAAUAUUUGCAGCAAGUACUCGGUACGAGGCUAUCCCACAUUGUUGCUUUUCCGCGGAGGCAAAAAAGUCAGUGAGCACAAUGGAGGCAGAGAUCUCGAAUCGUUGCACCACUUUGUUGUGCGCCAGGCAAAAGACGAACUGUAAAAACAGGAGGAAGUCUCCUCUCCUGCCUGGCCGCCUGUACCGUGUCGGGGAGCAGCAAAUCAUGUGGAUGUUGCUGGGUUUCAGGUGGUGGUUAUUCAGAAAGCUGAAUAUCCUAAACGUGUGGCGGCAUCUCUGUGUUUCUUAAGCCAACACACUCUACAGGUUCUUUACUAAGUUUCUCUAAGUAAACAUGUAACUCAUGAUCCCUUUGCAAACUGAAUAUUUUCAGUGGCAAUCUAUCAUCCCCUUUAACCUUCUCUUGAUGAAAUCUAAGUGGUUUCCUUUGAGACUAAAAUGGAGUUGAGGAAAAUCAAAUUGCUGGACUAUUAUGGUUCCUCAGUGAUUUUGGUGGAAGCAUCAUCCAAAGCACCAUUUUUGAGCUGCCCACAACUCCUGGAAAGGUAGCCUGUGGCAGUAUCGAUGUUCCUCUGAGCCGAAGGUCAUAAAUGACUUACUAAUAGUGUGGUUGCUCCAAGCUUGGAGCAGAGUUACAAACAAAAACCCCACACCUCUGGGAGAUACCUUCACAGCCACUCCUGGAUUUUCCGUUCCUGUUAAUACUUCUCUCAUCGUGAGAGGUUUGCCACAAUGAAAGCAAUGGUACUUUUGACACGUGCCUGAGUAAGAUAACGCUGAUGCCAUAAUCUUA